GUCUGAUGAUAUCAAUUGUUUUAAGCCAACGCAUCUAUUCGGUCGUGCGUUUCUCAUAGAACAUAUUGAGUUUAUUGUUGUAAUAUUGCAAUGAGGGAAAUAGUGCAUAUUCAAGCCGGGCAGUGUGGUAACCAAAUUGGAGCAAAGUUCUGGGAAGUUAUAUCGGACGAGCACGGUAUUGACCCCACGGGAACCUAUCACGGUGACUCCGACCUGCAGCUGGAGAGAAUUAACGUCUACUAUAAUGAGGCAACCGGAGGCAAGUACGUCCCACGAGCCAUCCUGGUCGAUCUGGAACCGGGCACUAUGGACUCUGUGCGAUCAGGACCAUUUGGACAAAUCUUUCGCCCAGACAACUUCGUAUUUGGUCAGUCUGGAGCUGGUAAUAAUUGGGCAAAGGGACAUUAUACCGAAGGCGCCGAACUCGUAGAUUCUGUUUUAGAUGUAGUAAGGAAGGAGGCGGAAGGUUGCGACUGUUUACAGGGAUUCCAGCUGACGCAUUCCCUGGGAGGUGGUACUGGCGCAGGAUUGGGGACAUUAUUGAUCUCGAAAAUUCGAGAAGAAUACCCUGAUCGUAUUAUGAACACUUUUAGUGUUGUGCCGUCCCCUAAAGUAUCCGAUACUGUAGUUGAACCAUACAAUGCUACUCUCUCCGUGCACCAGCUAGUGGAAAAUACAGAUGAAUCGUACUGCAUAGAUAAUGAAGCUCUAUAUGACAUUUGCUUCCGGACAUUGAAAUUGACUACUCCCACAUAUGGAGAUCUGAACCAUCUUGUAUCUGCCACUAUGUCUGGAGUUACCACUUGUCUCCGAUUCCCAGGCCAACUUAACGCCGACUUGAGGAAGUUAGCAGUAAACAUGGUGCCAUUUCCUCGUCUGCAUUUCUUCAUACCUGGCUUCGCUCCGUUGACAUCUCGCGGAAGUCAACAGUACCGCGCAUUAACUGUGCCUGAGUUGACACAGCAGAUGUUUGAUGCGAAAAAUAUGAUGGCAGCCUGUGAUCCUCGACAUGGUAGAUACUUGACAGUAGCAGCUGUCUUCAGAGGUAGAAUGUCGAUGAAGGAAGUAGACGAACAAAUGAUGAAUAUUCAAAAUAAGAAUUCUUCAUACUUCGUGGAGUGGAUUCCUAAUAAUGUGAAGACUGCUGUCUGUGACAUACCUCCACGUGGUCUUAAAAUGUCUGCAACUUUCAUUGGGAAUUCAACUGCUAUACAGGAGCUGUUUAAACGUAUCUCCGAACAAUUUACAGCAAUGUUCAGACGUAAGGCUUUCUUACACUGGUAUACUGGUGAAGGAAUGGAUGAGAUGGAGUUUACCGAAGCGGAGAGUAAUAUGAACGACUUGGUAUCGGAAUAUCAGCAGUACCAAGAUGCCACAGCUGAAGAGGAAGGCGAAUUUGACGAGGAAGAAGAAGGUGGCGAUGAAGGAGAUUAGACAUAUCGUUUUUAAGGUUUUCGUUAUUAUAUUAUGUAUUUUGUAA